CUCCAGAACACGAGAGGAGGUUAUAGGAACAGCAGACAGAGAGAGGAGGGGAAAAAAGGAAGGGGAAAAUAGAAAAAGCAAUGCUCCAACGAGGCUAUAGCUGAGAGAGAGAGAGCCAAGCAGAUCGUGGGAGGAGGAGAAGAAGAAGAGGAGGAGGAGGAGGCAACCUCUGGCCAAGCAUCCAUUCCAAUUUAUAUAUAUAUAUAUAUAUAUAGUCCAUUCAAAGGAGACGAUCUCCUCCCAGCUCCUCCUGCCUUUGCUGCCUCUCCCUCCCGAUCGGUCCAAUGAACAUGUCAGUGUUGACUUUGCAAGAAUACGAAUUCGAGAAGCAGUUCAACGAGAAUGAAGCCAUCCAGUGGAUGCAAGAGAACUGGAAAAAAUCUUUUCUGUUUUCUGCUCUAUAUGCUGCCUUUAUAUUUGGUGGUCGGCAUCUAAUGAACAAACGAGCAAAAUUUGAAUUAAGGAAACCACUAGUGCUCUGGUCUCUGAGCCUUGCAGUCUUCAGUAUAUUUGGUGCUGUUCGAACGGGUGCUUAUAUGGUGUACAUUUUGAUGACCAAAGGACUGAAGCAGUCAGUUUGCGACCAGAGUUUUUACAAUGGACCUGUCAGCAAAUUCUGGGCUUAUGCAUUUGUGCUAAGCAAAGCACCAGAACUAGGAGAUACAAUAUUUAUUAUUCUUAGAAAACAGAAGCUUAUCUUCCUCCAUUGGUACCACCACAUUACUGUACUGCUUUAUUCCUGGUACUCUUAUAAGGACAUGGUGGCUGGUGGUGGCUGGUUUAUGACCAUGAACUAUGGUGUCCAUGCAGUCAUGUACACAUACUAUGCCUUGCGGGCUGCUGGCUUCAGAGUGUCACGCAAGUUUGCCAUGUUUAUCACUUUGUCGCAGAUCACCCAGAUGUUCAUGGGCUGCAUCAUCAACUACCUAGUCUUCGCCUGGAUGCAACAAGGCCAGUGCCACUCUCAUGUUUCAAACAUUGUCUGGUGUUCUCUCAUGUACCUCAGCUACUUUGUGCUCUUCUGCCAUUUCUUUUUUGAGGCAUACAUUGGCAAAGCCAGAAAAGCAAGGAAGGCCGAGUAAAGCUAGAAUAGAAGAAAGAAGCCACCGCUCAGGUCAUCCACAAAACCAACAAACACAAAGGAAAAAAAAUGGCACAAGGAAACGUUUUAUGUGGUGCAACUAAAACCCAGCAGCCAAGGAACAGCUAGGUUUGUUCAAACCAGUAAGUUUAUGAUCCUGCCAUGGUGAGGGCUCACUGCGUGAUCUCAAAAGGCUGCUGUAAGAUAUCUUCCUUCUUGCAUCUGUCUGCUCUUAAAACACACAUUUUUAAAAAAGAAAGAAAGCAAAGUAAAAGAAGAUGAGGAUUUUUGCAAAAUAAAAGAUUAAAACACAUUGUUUCCCUGAGCAUAGAUGACUUUUAUUAAAAAUAAGUAAUUAUUUAUAUAUCCUUUCUAACUUUUGUUUUUGAGAUACAGAACUUGAACAAGUUUUAAGUGGAGGAAACAUAAAGUUUGUUUUGUAUGCCAUUUGAAGCUGCCUUGUACCUGUCAGAGGAUCUGGUCCCUUAUUUUCUAUUCUGACUGGUGGCAGUUCUCCAAAAUCUCAGGCAAAUGCCCUGCAACCUGAGAUCUCAUUUUUAAAAACCGGAGAGCCCAGAGAUGAAAACUGACAUCUUCUGCAUGUAACCUCCCUGAUCUUUUGCUGAGCUGUGGCUCCUAUGCCAAUAUCAUCAGUGUUUUUUGCAAAGUAAAAAAACAAAAAAACAAAACCCUUUCUUCUCAAAAGAGCUGUACACUAAAAAGCCCCAACAUGAAAUUGAAAGGUUAAUCUGGAGUGUCUGUUUUAGAUAGCCAUUACUCCAUUGAAAGAAUAAAUGGAGAGGAAAUGGUUGAUAUUUUGUUUGCGUGUUCUGUAUACUCUGCUGUGAGAAGAUCUGAUUUGUCAGCUAAAGAUCUUAUACAAGAUACUGAUCUGAGAUUAGAUAUUGUUGAGAUGCAUAUCAGAGAAUUGGUUCAAGUGCAUUUUCUUGUCAAAAGCAAGACAGAGAACAGUUUAAUAUGCAAUCGACGAGUCCUGCUUGGGGUUAAUAAUAAAUGAGAGCAGGGUAAAGGAAUGAAGGGUUUAAGUUAUAGACAAUAUAUCAGAGCACACCAGUUCUCAAAGUGCUCUAAGGCCCUCCUGAGGGGCACUGUUGUUCCAAAGAUCAGUUCUAGCAUGUUGUUUGGGGGGGGGGGUGCAAGGUAUCACUAAAUAUGAUUGCUGUGGGUUAAUUUGAGCUGUAAUGUGUUCUCAACAACACUGGUCCAAAGUCAGUUGCAUGAGUUAGGGAGGUCCUGCUUAUGCAGUCUCUACUGACAAGCUGGACAGAUUCUGAGUAGAAAUCUACAGCAAUCAAUCCAAAGCCAUCUCAUAAAUGCAAAUAUUACAGUAGGGACUGGCCUUUGGAACAAAUACGAGUGCACAAGGACUCUGUGCUUGGGGUGGCUUCCCUUUUUCUUCUGCCUGUUUCCCCCACCCCAUAGCUCUCAAUUCAAGACCAAUAAAUUAUUGUCAUUAAGAACCUGUGGUGGGCGUGCGUGAGUGCACGCGUGUGUAAGUCUAUCAUACAACCAGUUUGUCUGCAAGGAAGGGUGUGUGCAAAAUUUCAGGUUCUGCUCCUAACAAAUGAAUGCAAGCAAAACUCCAAGGAGCCAUCUCAGACAGAAGAAAACAAUAAACUGUCCUAAGCACAACACAGCCCUGAAGUUACAGCAUUAAGUGCAAUUUGAGUGAAAGGUGCAAAGAUUAAACAGAAAAUCUAAGUAUCUUUAGAGAGGUUUUAGUAUUGGAUAGAAACUCCAGGGGAGGAAAAAAAAAGCCCUGUGGAGUGGAAGAUAUUUUAUAUUUUUUAUGAACUUCAAAGAAUAGAUAUUUGCAACCUUAAUAACAUUCUGCAGGACUUUAUGUGACUUUAGGUAACACUGUGCUUCUGCGUUUGCCUCACAAGCAAUGCAAAGAUGUUUAAAGUGCCCUCCUCUGGUCACUUGGAGAUACUACAAUAGAAGAUAUAACCUGGCAUCAUCAUAUUGGAAGUUUUAAAUGGGGGGAAGCUUGACUGGAGUAAUUGUGCUGCAACAAAUUAACUCUAAUGUCCAGAGAGAACUAUUGUUACAUUAGAAACUGAAUCUGUAGGAAAAAAAUACACUGUAGCAUUCUUGAUCGCUUAAAGAGACAUCUGGUUCUUUGGUCAGCUGCAGAUAUAAGGACAAAAUAUUUCACUCUGAACCUCAGAGAAUUAGCUGAAAAGAGCCAUAUUUUCUACAAGGAAAAGUAGAUUGUAUUAUCUGUAAGAUUUCAGUCCUUACAAAGCCAAAUAAAAUGUGUAACCGUUCCUAGUACUUCAAAGAAACAAGUAUGUAAACUUGAUGUUAUAACUGUGUUAACAUAAUAGUACUCUCAAUUGUAUCAGUUUGGUAGUUUAAACAGUUAGAAGAGCUAGAGGAACCAAUUAAGAACUGCUGUUUUACAUAGAAAAUCAUACAUGCCUAUAAACUACACCCAUAACACCUGUUAUGUGAGUUGUCCAAAAUUUAAGCUGAGGGGCAGAUUCACUCUUUUUGUUCUGGCUAAUGUAAAAUAUCAUCAACUUCCUUGCUUAAAUCUGAGACUGUACAAUACAAAGUGUCCCCGUCCCCCUCACUUUAGCUUCAACUCUGUUGUCUGUCAUUCAUAGCACAGAGUGGAUGUAAUAUCCUUUUAGACAUAACAAGGGCUUAAGUGUCUCACUAUGUGCAGUAAAACUGCUACAUUCUGUAUUGUGUGAGUGGUGUUCUUAACAAUGAGGGGAACCAAAUCAAAAAGCUCUCUGGGGCUUAAGUCAUGACUGUGGAAAAAAAAUGGAAGAGUUUAUAUUUGUCUCAUUUAAGUUAUAGAUGUUCCGCCAAUGUUAUAUGGUACAAGAAUAACAGGAAAAAAAUGUUAUAUUCAGUGGAACAUAUGACAUGACCUUAAAUUACAGAACUCUUGUAUGAAUGGAAAUAUCAAUUAAAAUGUUAACGAUGUUA